AUUAUAUUGUUUGUAAACAAAUUACUCCAGAAAUGGAAACUUUUGCAGUUGAAGAGAGUGAACUUUUCAGUUAUGAUAGUAUCAUUCUAUGAUAUAUAAACCUGCGCGAGAUGAAAUAUAAAACUGCAGUUAUUUUAAUAAUUAUGUAUUUUUAACUUUUAAAUCAAAAUGGACACUGUGAAAUCAGCUGCACGCAAAGUAUCCGAAGUUGUUUUUCCCGGCAUAAAGAUUUCAUAUAAACAUAAAUUUACUAGGAAAUCUGAGGAAGUUUUAUCUAGUCUACCACUUCAGAUGUGUUUAUAUUUUAAUGCUAACUAUUCUCCUCUUUGGAUUCUUAUUCGAACAGGAUGCCUAGUUUACAAGUUUUCUGACUUGUCACAGCUUUAUCAAAUAUUGUUAACUACAGUAAUAGUUGUGAUGGUUAUUGUUGAAGUUUCUCGCCUUUAUCUGGGUUAUGUUGGAAAUUUAACAGAAAAGGUACCAGAAUUAGCAGGAUUUUGGUUGUUAACAUUGUUUCUCCAGUUUCCUCUCCAAUGCCUCUGUACGUUUAGUACUGAUUUCAUAAUUUUACCAUGGGAAAGACUGACUGAUGCUAUAAUGAUGUUAUUUCUUGUUCUGGAAAUUUUUAUAGGUUAUUUUACUGUUAAGACAAUCACAAAUCACCAGGCUUUAAAAUUUAAACUUCAAAUGAUGAAAUCUAAUGCCACAAAUGUAAGCACUGAAACUUUUUUAGAAUAAUGCUUUUGACAUUAGAAAAAACAAAACAUACAAGAUUUAUAGUACACUUAAUUUAUGUACAGUAGGUGUUAAUUUUCAAAAUCUUAUUUAUUACAUAUCUUGUACUGUAGAUAUUAGUUAAUUACCAAGUUAUAUUUCUAAUAACUUUUUAGCUGCUAUUCUUUAUCUAAAGUUAAUUUAAUAUUAUCCUUUAGAUAAAUUGAAUAAUUUAUCUAAAGUUAAUUUAAUAUUAUCCUUUAGAUAAAUUGAAUAAUUUAUCUAAAGUUAAUUUAAUAUUAUCCUUUAGAUAAAUUGAAUAAUUUAUCUAAAGUUAAUUUAAUAUUAUUCUUUAUAUAAAUUGUAAAAAUAUUUGUAUUGGAUAUAGUACACAUGCAUUGUUUUGACCGAGCCCCUCACUUGAAAGCGCUAUUUAAAAAAAGUACAACAAAUUUUAAAUCUUAGAAAUUAUAUGUUUUUAAAUGCACUGAAAUCAUCAGUUUAAAGAUCUAUUAGACAGAACUAAAUCUGAGCAAUUUAAAUAUAUUUAUUUUCAUAAAUCUUCAUAAUUAGAAAAUAAUAUUCUUCUCUUAGGUAUACAUUUUUCAAACUGCCUGUUGCAAAUAAAUUAAACAUAAUUAUACCUAUACUUAUAAAAGAAAAUGUUUGUCCAUCUAGACACAUCUACCGCACUUACUGCCAUGAAAUUUAGCGCACAGAUUGUCAUAAUAGUGACUCGAUAUACCUCAAAACCUGAAAUUUAAUAUUCCAUAUAACAAAUUUUUUAUUUGAUGUUUUCGAUGAUUUUUUUAUACAUAUUUCCUUAUAGCAUGGAUCCAUUUAAUGCUUGCUAUUAGUGUGAAAAUGUGCAAAACAAUCUUAAAGUAAGAUUUUAAAUCUGCAGUGUUCAUAAAUAUUAACAUUUAUUUUUAUUUUUUUUAGUUAUGCAGCAAUAAUUUUUUAAUGCAGAUCCAACUAAAUAUAAUGCAUUUAUAUAAAUAAAGGUAAAAAAAAAAAAUGAAAACAUUUUAAAGAUUAUAAGUCACCUCUCAGGUGACAACAGUGUUUUGCCAACUAUAUCAUGCAUAAAAAUCUUAUUCCUCAGAAAAGGCAGCAAAGAACAUGCUAUUCAUAGCAAGUAAGUUAAGUACAUGAUGGAAAUCGAGCUUCCACAGCUAAAUCUGUCAACUCUAAAAAUUUAUUCAUUUCUAAAAUAUGGUCAACUUAUUUAUAUUUAACUUUUAAACCGUUUAAAGUAUGUAGAUUUAUUCUUAAUUUAAUAAAUAUAAAAUUUAGCAUUUUUAAAAUAUAUUAUAAAAUAUAAACAUUUAUUAAUCUAAAAUUCUGCCUGCAAACUUUAGAAAUUUGCUUUAAUUAUUUCUAGCAACUAUUUUAUUAUAUUCAUAAAAAGGAAUUCAUUAUAUAAAUGGGAAAAUACUAAAUGUGUAGUGCUACUUCUCUGUUAAUAUUAUGAAGUUUUAAAAAUCCAUUUACAGUUUUAAUUAAAAUAUAACUGAGAAUCAGAAUAUGGGGGGAAAAUGAUAUCUGGAAUAAAUCUGCUUGUCUUCUUAGCUAAGAAAUUCCUUAUGUCCAUCAUAAACAAAUUGAUUUCUAUGAAUUACACCUAUUUAUAAUAAAGACAAAUGUGUGUGUUGGUGGCCAGACAGUUUGUGCUGUACAGGCCAGACAGUUUUAAAUGCAGCUACAAAUUUGAUACAUUUAUAUCUUGGAGAGUGUGGGAUUGUACCUCAGAGCGAUUUUUAAAAAAAUUUAAUAAAAAUUAAAUUAAAUUGGUAUUUUUCUGUGAUAAUUUCAAAAAAUAUUGCACAAAAACAAAUUUUAUACCAUUUUAAAAAUUGGUUUUUAAUUGUUACCUAAUUUCUAACGAUAGCUUACAUUAUUGUCCAGAAAUUGAAACCAUUUUCAUAGUUUCAUCCUAUGAUUUUCUUUCAUCGCUGAAAUCUAAGAAAGGAUUCUGUUUAAUAUCUAUGUAGUUUGCAUGAUGAAUAAAAAAGUGAUGUUACAAUACUGCAAAUUUCAGAAGAUAGAUGAAACAGACAUUUAUAUUUUCAGCAGCACUAUGAUGAUAUGGGAUUGAUCUUCAUUACAAACAAACCAGUUGAUUGCUAAAAGCAACUACUUUUACAAUAUACUAAUUUCCCUCAGUUAACAAAAAGUUUUGUUGAAUAUUAUGAUAAGGAAAACAGACCAUAUAAGUAUUUCUGUUUACAACCCCAUAAAUGAAAACUGACUGUACAUCAGAUACCCCAAAUGGUGAUUCAGAUAUGUUAGUUGCAAAAUUAAAAGAUCCGAAAGAAAUUCCAAGGGAGAUCCAUCUGAUAUAUUUAGAUUCAGUCAUGAUAUACUAAAAGGCAAUUUAAAUUCGAAAUUGAUUUCUACCAUUGUAAUAUUAAAAAGACUUUUUUUUUUUGAAUAAAUUAUGAUACUCUAAAGUUUUAUGGCAUCAAACUAACUUCUGAUAACAGAAAGCAUUAAAAAUUUAAGAAAUUCAUCUAGUUCCUACUUCAUCAGAAACAAUUUAUUAUUUACUGAGAAAAUAUUGCAAAUUCAAUCCUUUGAAAUAAAAAUCAGAUUUGUAUGAUGGACAUUGUAAAAACUGUCUGGAAUUUCAUUAAAAAAUUAUUUUGUAUAUUAACUGAUAUUUUUGAACUUUCAUACUCUAAUAAGAAGUAUGUUUUUUGAGGAAGGAGUGGGGAGUUUAUUGAAAUAAGAUUUUAUACUUAACUACUAACAGAACACCAAGACAAAAUAUUAAAUUAAUAAUUUCUAAAUAGAAUUUCUGUAACAUAAUGCAUAAAAAAUAGAUACUUUUUACCCAGAAUUUUUGUACUUGCAUAUUCUGGUCCUGAACUAUAAACUGCAUUAGCAGGAAACAAUUUUUCCUAAAAGAUUUCAAAACUGGAAGGGAAUUUAUUUAAGUUGAAUUCCAAAGUCAAGCAGAUUCUAUUAAAGUGUUUUCAGACAAUAUAUGCCCAAGUUGGUGUUUUUAAAUCAAAAAUAAAAUAGAGAAGUAUCUUCCUAAUAGUCAUUUGAUAACUAUAGAGAUUGCAAAUAAGCCAAAUUAGCAAUAAUAAUAAUACAUAGCAAAGGCAUAAUAUAUUCUCUAUCAUAUGUAAAUAGAUUAAAUUUUAGUCCAUAUUACAACCAAAUCACUUUUAGGAAAAGUUAAUCAAAUUGCUGCCUCAGAUGCCUUUCAAUUAUAUAUCAAAAUUAUUAGGUCCAUCCUCAAACAUCAAAAUACAAUACUAAUCUAAUAUAUCAGACAUUUUUUUAAAAAUUUUCAUUAUACCAUGAUACAUACACAACAAGAUGGUUUUUAUUAUUAUUAUUAUUGGUUAAUUCUAAUGAAGAAAAUUCAGUAAAGCUUUUAUUUUAUUACCAAACUCUUAAAAAAAUAAUAAAAAUGCUGCAAUUUCAAGGAAGGACAAGAAUACGAGACCAAUUUUCUAUUUAUAAUUUCUUUUAAGAAUCUAAAAUCUUUGGCUUAGAAAACUUCACUUAGCUCUUAAUUCAAUUCUUAGAAUCGCAUUGGAAACUGCUUUAAAACUUAGUGGUAAUUCAGAUAUUUUCAUGCAUAUUAUA